CCCUUAUUUGAGAGCGCCUGGCGUACAUUUCUUUCCCUUCUCGCCACUCCAGCAGCGCCCAUGUCAGCCGGGCACAUAAUCAGUGUGCCAUAAAGCAGUAGAUGCUCCUUAUCGCGGUGACCCGACGGGUUCACGUUAGUUCACAGGGUUCAUCUGAGGAGAGGUCUCGGCCCCUCCUGUUCCCCUGAGACCCGGAGCGGAGAGAAACCUAAAUGUUAUUUAUUUCUGUAUCAAUAUCGGAUUUCCAUUCGCAGUCACCAUAGCCGACGAAAAGGUUCACAGGGAGUUGUUACUUCACUCCCAUUUACAAUGGGAAGUCCUGAUAGCUGAAAAUUUCACCAGUUUCUGGUUCAUCACGGCUGGCUGAUGACACCUCAACUCCAUACAAUUCCAGUAUUUGUUUCUAACACUUCACUCAUCUGCACAAUCCUAUACUAUGGCCAGCAAGAGGAAAUCCACCGUUCCCUGUAUGAUUCCAUCAAAAAGCAAGCACAUGCGGGAGGACAUCAUACUAGGAUGCUUACCUGAGCUCCUGCCCACAAUACCCGAAGACAGCAUCCUUAGUAUCUCUUCAAAAGAUGAGGAUACACAACGAUUCCAUGAUUUCUCAAAAGCCGAACCGAAGACUUCAUGCUGGGAAAGGGGAAUAUAUAGCUGCCCUCUGUGCUGCUUUGAGUCCGGAGACUUGAACCUGUUUCUUCACCAUAUGGACAACUGUCACAUGGACUUUCAUGCUCAACCAAACUUCUACUGCCUGCCUUGCAAGGUUUCAGCUGUGAAGUUUGAAGGCCUCGCUUUACAUAACGCAAAAUCACAUCCUGAACUCCAUGCAGCACACAAGAGAGUUUCCUUGCAGGUUACCAGACGAGAUGGGGCUAUCACAGUGGAGCAAACCCUGUUUACAGAAGAGGAUUUAAGUGAAUCCGGAAUAUCCAUUACCAAGACACCCAUAAUGAAAAUGACCAAAGGUGGGCACAAAAAAAUUGUUGUCUCCCAUACUGUUGAGGUACACCGGGCUGAGCCUAGCAGCAACAAGCCCGCAACUGUAACCAAUGGCACUUCAGUAAGGACCUUACCCCUAACAACAUCACCACAUAUCAUCGGUGGCAUUAGUGCCUCUCCGGUCCAUAAAAUCCCCAACACGCUUGGGAUACCAGGGAUGCAUAACCGUGGUCCUCUGUGGAACUCUACUCCGUCAUCACCUGAUUUGAACACUGAUCUCCCAAAGGUCAUGAUCCCUCUAAGUAGCAUCCCAACCUAUGAUCCAGCCAUGGAUUUAAGCAGUUUUCUUAAGACGUCUUUUGGUAAGUUCCCUUACCCUACCAAAGCAGAGCUCUGUUACUUGACGGUGGUCUCUGGCUUCCCAGAGGAGCAGAUCAAGCUCUGGUUCACGGCCCAAAGGCUGAAGCAAGGGAUCAGCUGGUCUCCUGAGGAGAUCGAGGACACACGUAGAAAGAUGUUCAACACUGUAUUCCAAGCCACAACAAAAACGUCACGCAACCAGAUGCAUCACCCCAUUUCCCAGCACUGUGUUUCUGUCCAGUCCAACUCUUUGAGUUCUAACUAUAUACCACAGAUACCAAAGGGAAGUGUAAUGGGUUGGAAAGGAGGGGUCAUAGUCAGCCAUCCUAGUGUGACCCAGGCCACAUCCCUUAAGCAGCAGCAGCCAGUGGUCCAAACGCCACAGGUAAAUAUCCAUCAUGCUGUCAUCACUAAGGAAACUGGAAAUGAAUUAUCUUGUCGGACAGCUGAGAACUGCAACAUUGUAGGCAGAGGAGGCAGCGUUAGCAAUCAUGGACACACUGGAAAAGGUGAAGCUGGCUGCAGCUCGUCCAUAAAGACUGGCAUUAGCUGCUUGCCUGGCGUUCCCAAAAGUCAAAACAGCAGUUACAGUGAGGGCAGCAUUAUGACUCUGACGAACAUAGUCAGGAAAAUUGACUGUCAUAUCAAUGACAGGAACGCAAAUUGCACCAGCAAAUCUAACAUCAGUCCAACUUCCAUUUAUGGCCAACAGAAGGCAUCCAGUAAUGCGAAAGAAAACAGCAACAGCUUUGCCACCACCAGCAAAUAUAACAACGGAAGCACUUAUAAAAGCACCAGCCACAGUACUAUUUGCACUAAAAGGGAGGGAAACAUCUUAGACCACACCAGCAAAAGCAACGCUGACACUAGUGUCAUUUGUAGCAGCAGCAGCAACAUACAAGCUGAAGAAUUUAUACCACCCCUUACCCAUAGCCUGGUUCCACAGCCUGGAAGUCUCAUGGAUCCAUCCCUUGGAAAGGGCAAGGUAUUACCUGAGCAACCAGUGACUUUGAAGCAAAGCUUUAUCCAUAACCCAUUCCCAGAACAAAAGCAGUUUAUUGCACCCCAAGGUCAACCAUACCACAUACGUUCUUUGACAGACUCCCAGUCUGCUGUGGGGGGAUCAUUUAAUAACAUGCCCCAGAGCUCCCUUCAGUCUAGCCCUUCAGCAAGUUCAUGUCUUCAGGAGGAAACAAGUCAACACUCCUCUCCAUCCCUUUCUGCUCCUCAGGAGCAACAUUCUCCAAAAACCCUGCUGGGAGCACCUCAGGUCAAGUCCACAGACUUUACUGCUGUCCACUACAAGGAACAUGACCCCAAGCACUUACCUGCCUUAGACAAAGACUGUAAGCAAUCACAUUUUGAUAGAGAAAGAUUGCACAGAAACAUAGCGCAAAACAGCAGAGCUGAACAGCACAGCGGAAUUACAAAUACGUUUUACAAGGCUGACAAGAACGAGCAUAGCAACCUAAUUAACACACUACAUACCUUCACAAAAGAUAACACUAACAAGGCUAAACAAGGCAUGCCACUUUUACGACAAUACAUACAGGAAGUGGACCAAUGGGAAAGCAACAGUGACUAUCAUGAAGAGCCGAAUGUGAGCCCUAUGAAGAUAAACGUAAUAGCAUUGAACAAAGAAGAGAGUUUGUACAAGACCAACAGCAAGCAGCUAAUCAGCAAGCCGUUGGAGAACUUGAUCAAUGAUGGUGGUCCCAGCCAUAAAAACCAGUCUUCAGAAUGGCACGAAAGCUACCGGCAUGUACCGGUGGAGGCUGAGGAGCGUAUAUCUGAUAUAAGUAACACUGAACCACAUCAACCAGAAAACCUUGUGGGGCUUGAAACAGAGCAAGUUAACCGCGAUCUACGCCCGGAGCAGAAAAUUAUUCUUCAGAGUCUAGACUCUGAAACUCCUAUGCUGCCGAUAAAGAAAAAAUCAAAGGAGGCUACGAUGGAUUUAGACAAACCAACUACAGGAGAACAAGACUACUGGGAGAUAAAAGAUGAGCAGCAUCAGCAACCAAUGGGCAACCAGAGUUUGAGGGGGCAUCAAGCGCAAGACAGUCAAUCAAGGGACUGUCUGAGAGGAGAGCUUCUGAAAGUUUAAGGACUUCACUCCGCGCAGCGAAGAAGCCGAGGAUCCCGUAUUCAUCCUGAACAUUACAUUUCUUGUUUUCUUUCAAUAUGACAGCCGAUGAGAUUGUAACACAUUUGUGAUAGUCAGUGGACUUGAGUUUUCGGAAGGUGGCCCAAUCUAGAGAGUAGCCACUACAAAUGUAGGUCUGAUUUGAUUUAGGUAAAUUCUGUGUAGGAAACUAUUAUGUAUAUGCUUGAAACUGCACUAUUGAGGGUGUACUGGACGUUAGGAAUGUCAGUUAGAUAUUGUGAUACUUUGUAAUAUGUCAGAUAAUCAACACUUCUGCAAUGCCUUGGGUUUUACGAUAGUCGUUGGGAUAUUCCAACCUGUUUUUCCUUCAUGUCCAAAUCAAAUAAGUUCUCCAUGGCUUAUUUUUUCACACAACAUUGAGCAGUUGGCGACAAAUCAUGCACUAUAACUCGCUUUAGUGGUGUCUGUCUGCACACACAACUAAUUGGCCAGACAUUGCCUUAAACGUCACCUUUCUAUUUGUAUGACUGGCUGCACAAACAAGCUUUUCAGCAACUGUGUUGAUGUGUGUAUAAAUUGAGGAUUUGAAAUCCCAACAGAACUGCUGCUAUAUCUUCGGAGGCGUUUUUAUUUUUAUUUUAUAAGCAUUAACAAGACUAUUAUAUGUGAAAAGCUUAAAAAGAAAAAAAAAAGAAAUGUUAAUUUAUGGUGGAGAAAGUUUAAAACAGUGUGCGUACAAUCCGAGGGGUAUUACAGUUCUCAGACAGUCAGCUCAAGUGCUCCGCUAUCUGGAUAUUCCCUGUGUUUGAGUUGGGCUACGAUAUAUAAAUAUAUAUAGUAUGUAUAUAUAUAUAUAUACACACACACACACAUUAUGCAUCAUUUAUAUGCUGCUAAGUUCAGACCAUCCAAAGUGAAUAACAGGUGCUUUUCAUCCCUUAUUAUUUGCAUUUGUAUCCAAUGUGGUUUCUCUUUUAAAAGUUAACACAAAGAUACUAUCUGGACUUACAGUAUUACCUUCCCAUCAGUUCCCUUUGUGCAGGUCUGUCUAAAAGAACACAGUGCACUGGAGUGUUAUACUUUCUACACAUUGCAAAUCUUUUGGUAAUAAAUGGAGAAUGUCAAAUUUAAGAACUGGUGUCUUGAAUGCAUUUCAUGCCGUUGAAAGAUAUACACAACUUAGCAGAGACCAAUUCUAAAGAAACUUUCAACAGCUUUCUUGGGCUAAAACGAUGCACAUGCAAACAGUCAACACACUGUCGCGUAAACAAAGAGGGAGCAGAAGAAAACCAUCUUGAGAAAAUAAAUGAUUAGAAUACCUUCCUGAACGCAAGAGUCACAGAGAGGUCCCGGGUGCACUUUUCAAAAGGAAUGAAACCUUGCCUAAGUCUACAGCUUGGCUAAUACAUCAUACAGGCCAUUCUUCCAAGACAAACAGGCAGGGUCUUUUUACGCUCCCCCUCGGAGUUCUUCCUGAGGCCUGUUCUCAAAGCAAGACUCGGUGCUCGUUUCACACGGUUCUGGGAACACAGGAAGUUCUUCAACCCAUUAUUCUAAGUGUAACGCAUCUUAAAGCAUUAAGUUUUUGCAAAAUCUCACCCAUUAUGGCAUGUGGAAGACGAAAUAAGACAUUUGGAUUUGGCUUCAAAAACACAACAUGCAGGUUAAGUUGUAGGGUUUUAUUUUUAAAUAACCUACAAUUGAGCAAAAAAAUAAAAAAAACAUGAUCAGAGGUUAUGGCAUGAGCUCGAUAAGUUGGAAAAGGUUACAUGGCUGCCACUAACAACAAUUCUUCCCAGACUGGAGUGGAAAUAAAAUGAAGAUUCUUAAAGUCCAUGUUAAAACAAGUCUAUCCUUAAAACUUGAUACAAUUACAAAAAAUAAAAUAAACUGCUCAAAAAUCAUAACAGAAUUUGUUUUUGGCAAUGUUGAUUUCCCUCACAUACCCUUCAGAAAUAAAAACCCUUUUGCUAUACCCUGAAAUAAUACAUCCUAAUAGUGAUAUUUUCAAGUAACAGAUACAGGAGUUUCUUUUUUCUUUUUUUUAUCUUAUGGAUACAGUCAUCACACAUUAAGUUAAACCCAGAUGGAGACUCAAAGCCAUGAAGACACAAUCUAUAGGAUACUGGAGACAAAAAGGGAGGCAAAAAAAGAAAAGAAAUUGGUUCACAUUUACACUGGAAACAAAACCCUGAUAUAUAUGCUGUAACAAAAAAGAAAUUCACAUUCUGCAUGUUUAAGGAAAUAUCGUUGAAGCCGUAGUCACCUGCAGCUCAUCCAAGCAUCCUACUUUGUGGUCUGGACAUAGUUUACACAAUAACUCCAGUUUCAAAGUGAACAGUUCAUGUAACACUCACUUAAACACACAGCUUUUCGUGGUCAUAUUUCCCAUAAAAUAUCACACCUGGUGUACACAUUUAUUCUCCUAAAAAGGCGUAUGGGUGUACUUUAAGCAAUUCUUUGAUUUUUUUUUUUAAAUCUUCUAUUAAAAUAUAGAAUUCAUUAUUAAUACAGGAGGGCUAAAAAUACAGCAAAACUAAAUAUGAAACGAUCCACAAAGCAAGUUGUAGUUGAAUACAGUAGCUAUAGGACCAUGUAAGUUCAUAGUUUUCAGACAUCCUUAGGCCCCGUUGUCCAGAGAUGGGAGGGGAGUGAGACAGUAAAAGUGUUCAAAAGGUCAAGCCACUGAUUCUCCAGUUCCUGGCUUAAAGACCAUGCAACCUCAUGCACAGGCCGUCCAUACUUCAUUCUUAAAAGACCGACCCAAUAAAACCUACAAGAUUUACAGGUCACAGCCUAAAAAAAAUAAAAAUCAGUCACCCAAAUCAUGACAUUCAGGCCUCCUCGACACUAUGCUUGCUUCACAUCUUUUCCCUUGCCAGGUUCAUAACCUGCUGGAAAUCACUUCGACUAAAAGUAUCUAUUAAAAAAAAAAA